GAUGACGUCAGAGGUGGAGAUGUCAUGGCGUCGUCGGAGCUGAGACUGGAGCUUGCCAUCUAGUUAAAGGCUGUCGUCGAUGCGUUCAGCGAAAUGGAGAAGAAUGCAAACCCUCAUCGAGACGCAGGAGGAAGUGUCCUGUGCACCGCUAUUCCCACAGAACCUGCAGAUAUCAAAACAGUCGGCGGAAUGAAAGAUGUCUGCGAGAAGAGAGAGACUUUGAGCACUUGUGCAAGUGCUAGCGGUGCUAAUGCUACACCCUGCACACAGACAUCAGAUGCUGCUGGGACCGUAAGCAAGAGCGCACAACCGAGCGUUUUAGCAGAGACACUGUCGCCCGAUGCAGCGGAUCAGCUGAGCAACGGGAUGGGACACGAACCGUUGAUGACCGCUGCUGGGAACAAGGAGGGUGGCACCUCAAAGUUAGUAAACAACCUCACGGGAGAGCAAUCCGACAUCAGUAAUGUGCAAGCGGACGGUGUCUUGGAUGGAGGGACGCAAGAAACGACGAAGCUGGCCAAGCCUUCUUAUUUGUGUCCAGACAAAGCAAAAUCCGCGAACUCGAAUUCAAACGAUCACACCGUUUCCGAGGGUCCUCCGAGUGGGAGCGAGCCCAGCAUCGCAGGAGAGUCCCGCAGCUUUGAUUCACUAGAGUCCUUCUCCAAUCUGAACUCAUGCCCGAGUUCAGACCUCAACAGUGAAGGACUGGAGGACAAGGGACUGGCUUUGGCUAUUCAGAGUGAAUACGGGGCCGAGGGAGCGAAAAUCCCCUGUCCUAAAGACAGAGUGACCGGUCAGUCUUUGUACCACAUCAAGUGGAUAAAGUGGAAGGAGGAGAACACGCCUAUCAUCACACAGAAUGAGAACGGGCCGUGCCCGCUGCUGGCUAUUAUGAAUGUCCUGCUAUUGGCUUGGAAGGUCAAGCUGCCACCAAUGAUGGAGAUAAUAACAGCAGAGCAGCUGAUGGAAUAUCUGGGAGACUAUAUCCUUGAAGCCAAGCCAAAAGAGAUCUCUGAGGCUCAGCGGUUGAACUACGAACAGAAUAUGAGUGACGCUAUGGCGGUGCUGCAUAAACUGCAGACAGGUCUGGAUGUAAACGUUAAGUUCACGGAUGUGCGGGUAUUCGAGUACACACCCGAGUGCAUCGUCUUCGACCUGCUGGAUAUCCCACUCUACCACGGAUGGCUGGUCGACCCACAGAUGGCUGAUAUAGUGAAGGCAGUGGGGAACUGCAGCUAUAACCAGUUGGUGGAGAAGAUAAUCAGCUGUAAGCAGUCAGACAGCAGCGAGCUGGCCGGGGAAGGAUUUGUGGCAGAACAGUUUCUGAACAGCACAGCAACUCAGCUAACAUACCACGGCCUGUGCGAACUCACCUCUACCGUACAGGAGGGAGAACUGUGUGUCUUCUUCAGGAACAAUCACUUCAGCACUAUGACCAAAUUUAAGGCCCAACUGUACCUGCUGGUGACAGAUCAAGGGUUUCUCACUGAGGAGAAGGUGGUUUGGGAAAGUCUGCAUAAUGUUGAUGGAGAUGGGAACUUCUGUGACUCAGAGUUUCAUCUGAGGCCGCCCUCUGACCCAGAAACGGUGUACCGUGGUCAGCAGGACCAGAUCGAUCAGGACUACCUGAUGGCGCUGUCUCUGCAGCAGGAGCAGCAGGCCUCAGACCUGGGCUGGGAACAGAUCCCAGAAGGCAUCAGUGAUCUAGAGCUGGCCAAGAAGCUGCAGGAGGAGGAGGACCGCAGAGCGUCACAGUACUAUCAGGAGCAGGAACAGGCGCAGGCAGCAGCAGCUGCACAGGCACAGGCACAGGGACAACAACCAGCAGCGGGUGCCGACCAGGUGGAUAGAGCGGCAGCUGCUGGAGCCUCAGCCGGGGGAGCCACUGCUUCUCCGAGCCCAGGAAAACAGCCCUCUACGGGGGAACGCAAACCCAAGAAGGAAUCCAAGGACAAAGACAAAUGCAUCUUGUUGUAACAGCAGUGGACUACAUGGAAACGCGAAACGGGCAGCAAUUAAAUUCCAGUGGCUCUGCAAUGCAUCUCCCAGCGUGAGGCGGAGAGAGAACGAGCAACGGAGAUGAAGCGUGACGGACUUGCCAUUCUCAAGCCACUUGUGCCUGACUUUAACCCUCAGUGUUCUGAAGAUGCAGACAAGCAGAGAGGGGUGUCACUACAAGGACUAUCACUACAUCGUUCGUAGAGCUGGCCAAAUGUUCUCAGCAGGAAAACCACUGCAGUGCACUAUAUUUGUGUGGGGUCACCAGGGAGGGUGGAUUUUUAUUAAUAUUUUUUUUUUUUUUUAGUAGAACAAGGUAAUGUACACAUAGCACUAGGCAAAAAAUCCCCCUCCCAAAACAAAAACACACACCACUUUUUUCAUUAUACAAAGCAUUUUUUUUUUUUUUUUGUGGAUUUCCGUUAUUGUUGUUGUUUAUAAGCUAUUUUAUACCGGUUUACCCGUAUAUAUAUGCAUAUGUAGAUUUGUUGUAUUUGUCAGUUUCUGUUGUUUGAUUGAAGGACAUAAGAUCUUUUAAUGAAAGGCCGUUCACAUGAGCAGGUAGCAAGCCAACAGGUCACUUGGCAAAGGUGAUGUCUCAGGACAUGAUGUAGGCCACCGUAGUUCUUGCCUGGCAGUCUGAUGCCAAAUUUAACAUGUUGAUAUUGUAGGAGUCACCUCCAUUUUAGAGAGCGUAAUCCUGAAGAAACGGAUGCAUUUAAAAAGGUUUCCUUUUUCCAUUUGGUGUGUCUACGAAAGAAUGAUUUUGCUAAUAGGACAUUUUCUGUUAAUAUCAGUGAACAACUGACACUGCGGUUAAUGUACAUAGCUUUAAAAUAUCAAAAUCAUUAGAUUAUAUAUAAGAUUACAUGGCCAAUUUUUUGCUUCAACCCACCCCUUUUACAUUUCAGCCAAAAGUCUGGUUCAUAUUUGCCUUAAAAAAAAAAUGAAGUAUACGAGUAGGAUCGUUGUCCUGGCAUUGUUGAAUGAUCAACAUUAUUGCCCAGAAACCGAAUCUUGUUUUAUCUUAAUGGUUUGUGUUUUCCUCCAGCUUAGUGGUCGAACAAUAUCGGUUUUACAGUGGGCCAAUACUGAAAUCCGGAGAGCAGGUUGGCCGACUCCUGAUAGAAAUAACAAGAGGAGAUUUAACACCUCUGUUAAUCGGCGGACACUGUUAUCACCCAAUGCCGAAAAAUGGCUUAACAUUGGCCAAAUAAUCAAGCCGACCGAUAUAUCGGUCAGUCGCUAACUACAGCUAUAAUUUUCACACUCUUUCAUGUACAUUGUACAUACUCAUAUAUGCUAUAUGGAUGUAAGGUAGGAAAGGAUUACUCGAGCCCAUCCUGUUCCAGUGCUGCCUCCUGAGAGACAAGGUCUUUUCUCUCCAAACAUUCCAGCUAUAUGCCUUGAGCUGAGCCUCAGACUCAGAGAAACGCUAACGUUGGGCUAUUUUCCCUGUUGUUCUGCUCUCGCAAUGUACGAAUGAACAACUCCUGCAUGUAGACGAGCUUGUGAUGGUGUAGUCGUAGAACAGACUUGUGGUUACAUGGGAGCACUAGUAGAAUCUGUUUAUGCUGGUCAUGGGCUGGAGCUGUUACUUUGACGUUUGGUCCCUCAGCGGCCAAUACUCUCUGUAUAUAAAAAGCCUUACACUAUUUGCAGUAUCUUUUAUACCGACACAAAUGGGUGCAAGACAAGACUGAGACAAUCUCUAGACCUUACCAUAAGACAGAAAACCGCACAGGCCUUCACAGAAGGAACAUAUCCAUGAGUGUCUUUAUGUUUUAGAUGGGUAAAGGAUGUAGAUUCAUAUGUCCCCUAUGUUGAGGUCCGUUCACACCGAGAACGAUACUAUAAAGAUUAAAAUAAGGAUAACUAGAUAAGCGCGAAGAGUUAUUAGCGUCCACGCCAACGGAUGAUAACUUAUGUCGUCUGCCGCUUUAAAUUAAAUGCACGAGCUCUUUAAAGCCGAGUGGAUUCUGAUUCGCUGUUAAUGUUUUUGUUGUUGUUCUUUUCUCCAUUCAUCAGCUGGAAAACAAAAUCGUUCUGAAAGCGAUUCCAACAAUAUGUCGUUCCUUUGGUGUCGUUAUAGCUGUAGUGUGGAGUUCCUUAUUCUCAUAGAAGUAGAGCGCUUAUUGAAACUGUAUCGUUAUAGUUAUCUUCCUUGGUUUGAAUGGCCCUUUAAACCUGAGGAAUUGGGCUUUUAAGACAAACCAUGGCUAUUUUUGAAGUUGUUGUUAUCUGAGGUGAAUUAGCUGGCAUACUAAUAUCGUGUUUAGCCAGAGAGUGCACAACACAAGCUGUGUUAAUCUGUAUUUGUCAUGUUUUUAUUGUUUCCCCCGAAGGUAGCAUUCGCACUAUCAUUUCACACUACGAGAACUAUAGAUUUAAAUUCAUAAAUGUCAAUGCGCUUCUGUCACCUCUGUGACUGGUGGCAUUUGGAAGGAAGCACAAGCUACAGAGUUGGGAGAGAAACGUCUUGAAGGGUUUGUACUGAGGUUAUUGGGGUGAAAUGAGAUUUUAUAUAUCUGUAACUGGUAAAUCAUCCAUUUUGGCCAAACUUGGGUGAACAAACUUGGUUUUAUCAUCAUUAUAAGCUGACGCUCACUUCUGAUUCAGUUCAUUGGUGAAAGAGUCGAAUACUUACUCAACUGCUGUUAUACUUGCAGAUGGACAUUCCAGGGUGCUUUUGAUCAGUGGCAUGUCUGAUAAAAGAGUGAUUUAAGGACAACGUGCAACAGACUUCUCCAGCACAUAUAAUAUGUACCCACUGUGCAUUAGCUUAUGUCGUUUGUAUUGAUUGCCAAUAACUUUAUUCUUCUGUAAUGUGCUUCAGCUUUAACCAUUUGCUUCUAAAAUGAUCUUGCUAAUUGCAGAUGUGUGAAAUGUCACAAGAAUUUACAUGUUAGUGGGAUAGUCAAAUGUCAUAUUUAUAGAGGGGGGGAAAAGUGGUGGAGUUUGUGGGUGCACGCUCUAUUAAUUAAAUGAGAAAGCCCAUUUCAAAGAGAAAAUAGAUGGAAAAUGGCUUGAAACUGUCUAAUAUAUUUAGCUAAAUCUAUCUUUGACCCCCAAAUAAUAUCAGUAAAUAAUCCAAGGCCUUGUCUGCUUAGUUGGCCAUUGGUUUGCAGCACCCAUUGAAGCUCCGUUAUAGGUCAUAGACCAUUUUAGUUAUUUAUGCACUGUUACAUUGAAUGCACUAGAUGAGAAAUAUACCUCUUUUUAUACACAAUUAGAAUGACCAGAUUUUGUCUGGUUACAGCUGAACCUGUUUCAUAACACCCAAUAAAUACCAUGUUUUGCAAUAAGGCUUAUAUUUAUGGAACUAUAUUAAGAACUGAACAUAAGGAACUUUCUAAUGGUUACGUUUCAUCCUAAAUGCUGCCAUUUAGAUUUUGUUUUUCUUCGCCCGUUUCCAGAUAUAAAGGGUUUGCAAGACUUCCCAUGAAUAUAAUUUGAUGUUUCAUAUCUUAGUGCCAUCAACGGAUAUGGAAAACAAUUUGCGAUUGAAGAGAGGGCUUUUGAUUAGAGUUGAUAAAGGGCAUUACCAAGGGUAAUUCAAACUAAUGACACUGAAAUGCCAAACAUUACAUGUUUUCUGCUAAUAAUGGGAACUGGGAAGGUUUCUCUUGAAAUUUCAAUUUUAUCGGGUCAGUUCGUAAUGGAAAUGCAGUCGUGAUGCAUGUUUAACAGCUGAAUACAACAUUUACUCCUAAAUCAUUUUAAGGAACAGUCCAAUUACAAUUUCUAUUUUAUAUCCUUUAUACGUGUAUAUUUACACAAAAGAUUUUAACUUAGCAAAAAGAAAAAGGACAAAAAAAAUAAUAAAAAAAAUAAGGAUAUAAUAAGGGUCAACCUUUCUAUUGUGUGUAAGGUUCAUUAAUGACCAAAAACAUUUAUGUAGCCCAACAGUGUCAAAAAGUAGAUGGACAUUUUUUCUGUAACAAAUGCCUUAGAUGAGGGACAAUACAUCUGAUUAAAGGAAAUCUGGUCAGUGAGUCUGUGUGAUUCUUCUGAUUGUCAUUCACAGUCUACAACUAAAAAUUUGCUAGUUUUUCUUCCAACUGUGGGUAAGUGUGGCUGCACUUACAGACGCAAACUACACGGAGACCAUCAUAAUCCACAUAAUUUAAUAUGAACUUGUAGAAUCAUCAUUAACCCAAAAAAAAAAAAAAAAAAAAAAGAUCACAUUGAAAUGUUAACGGAAUUACAGAUGUGUCCAGUGAUACACACAGUAGUCUGCCCAAAGCAUAUGAGAAAAUCUGGAACAGGAUUACCUAAGAUUAUCUAAACAAACACUGGUUAAGAAAUAAGCUGUACAGUUGCACCAACACUAUGUCAGGAAAACAUGUAUGUGCACAAAGGUUGUUUACAGGUCACCGGAGUACAGUUCGGGAAACAAAAACCUACACGUAAAGCCUUUUACAAAGAACAAAAUCAAAGUGGAUCUUUACAAUAAUCUCACGGCUAUAAGUUCAGCCAAUUAAAAACAUCAGUUCAAAA